AUGAAACGCACAAUUACUGAUAAGAAUAAUACAUUACCUUCAUCAGCUUUAGUUUCCUUAGAUGCGUAUAUUGUUCAUAUUAACAAAAUUACAAAAAACAAUACAAAUGAUAAUCAUCAUUAUUCAUUCAUUGCAUCUAUUGAAGAUCAAUCAACAGUUCGAGUUGUCAAAUAUUUAUCUAAAGUUCCAUAUUGUUCGUUACAUAAUCGAUUAAAAGAAUCGCUUCGAAGUGGCCGAGGAGCUUCAAUUACUUCGUUACGUGAGCAAAAUGAUGAAUAUACUUGUACAAUGUCUACAAAGGUGAUUGAUAAAGACCUGAACUUUCGACCUGAAUGUAUUCGUGUCAAAAAUAUCAAUAUUUUAAAAAAUGAAAUAAACGAUCGAUUAUGUACAGUUGAAGCACAAAUCUGUUCUAUUAGUGAUGAAAUUGCAGUUGUUUUUGAAGAAAAUCAAUUUAAACGCGUGCAAAAAAGUAAAAACAAAAUUAUUAUUGGUGAUGCGACUGGAGCAUUAGAAAUGACUAUGUGGGAAAAUCAUUUUAAUGAAAUAGAAUUGGGAAAAUCAUAUCAUAUUCGAUUAUUAAAAAUACGAAUCUAUAAUGAACAAAUAUCAUUAGCUGCUACAACAGAAACAUCAUUUAUUAAAAUUAAAGAUCCAACAAAUGUAAUCAGUCAAGUUGAUAAUAGUAUAAAUAGAUACAAUACACAAAAAGGAAAAAUUAUGUCUAUAGACAAAUAUAACAAUCAUUAUACAUGUCAAUGUUGUGGUGGUACAAACGUAAUUGAUGAAGCAGGAAUAACUGUCUGUAUUGAUUGCCAUUCUCGCUUAAUAAAAGACGAAAACAUAACUGACAACUACUUUAAAAUUACAAUUUCGACUUUUAAUAAUGAACAAUACGAUUUAAAAAUUACAAAACCGUUAUUAAUGCUUAUAUUAUCAGAAAAAACUUCUGAUUUCAUAGAAAGCAAUGAUGGUACAAAUGAUGAAAAUAAUUUCAACAAUAUUAUUUCUUUAACCGUAAACUUUACGUAUAGCGAAAUAACUGGUAUAAUUAGUGAUAUUUCAAUAGUUAAAGAAAAUCCAUCACCUCUUGAAAGUAUCUUAAACACUAUGUUUACUGAAUGA